AUGAAGAAGUUUAGAUCUGUUUGCGAAUAUGUGGGAGCUGAUGAAUGGCAUGGCGUGGCGUUUUGGGCAUGGGUGUGCGCGGCGGCAGCUUUGGUGCUGUCCUUGCUCGCUGCGGUAGUCUGUUGGAUAGCACGCAGGCGCAACACGCUUGCACACAAACUAGACAAGGCUCUGGUCUUCCAGCCCCCCAGACGAGCCACCGCCGUUCGAUCGCCAGGAUCCGCCACACAUUACUUACGCAAGUCUCCCUCGCCGACAGCUCCAGUGCCACCUUCUGCUACCUCGCCACCGCAGCCGCAACCGCAGUCACAGAACCAGUCGGGGCUGAAGGCCGAAACGGUAUUUCUCAGCCUCGACCUAUCGGAGGCUGCACGCUUGUCUUCGCUUCAGUCGCCGGGAGGGAACAGUCCACAUACCCCUACUGCACCAUCGGAACCAGCCCCUUUAAGCAAGGAGCUAGCAGACGCCAAUGCUACUGAGAAGAUCAAACCACUGGAGAAUGAGACCAACGAUGGACGCCUCGGAGACUUGCACUUCAAGUUACGAUACGAAAAUGAGAAAAAUGCUUUGGUGGUAUCAGUGGUCUCCUGCCAGGGUCUGCCGGGCCGCGAACCCGCUGGCCCCGAUCCAUACGUCAAACUGCAGCUGCUGCCUGACAAGCAGCAUAAGGUCAAAACCAGCGUGGGUCGCGGCGAGGUGCUGGUGUCGCUGUGCUGGCAGCCGGCGGCCGCGCGCCUCACCGUGGUGCUGCUGAAGGCGCGCAACCUGCCCAAGAUGGACGUCACCGGACUCGCGGACCCAUACGUCAAAAUGUAUCUGUUGUACAACGGACAGCGGAUUGCCAAGAAAAAGACUCACGUGAAGAAACGGACGCUGAAUCCUGUGUUCAACGAAUCAUUCGUGUUUGAGGUACCAGCUGCGCCGAAUGCCACUCUCGACCAUGUCUCUCUGGAACUGCUUGUGCUCGAUUGGGAUAGAGUCACCAAGAAUGAGGUGAUAGGUCGGCUGGAGCUGGGCGCGGAGGGCGCGGGCAGCGCGCGGCACCACUGGCGCGAGGUGCAGGCCGCGCCGCGCCGCCAGAUCGCCGACUGGCACAAGCUCAAGGAGUGA